AUGAUUAUCAUGGGAGCUUUCCGUGACAACUUCUAUAUGCUCCUCAACAUCUUCAUGAUUGCCUUCUUCCUCCUCCUCCUCUACUUGUAUGGCAGCAUAAAGGUUGUCUUAAGAAAACUGUGCACAAGCUUUCUCAAUGACCUCUAUGUGCUUCUUUAUGCUCCGAAGGGUAUCCUCUAUUUCACGGGGAAAGGAGAAGUCAGUUUGGGCCAUGGCCUGGAUAUGAGGAUCCAUCUCGGGAAAGGAUCUGUUAGGUACUCGAGCAAUGUGCUCCACGAGAAGCCUCAAGUGAUAGUUUGGAUCUGGCUGUGGAGUGUAGCAUAG